CUACCUUCCAUCGUCCAAUAUCAUUCGUUUACUCGUAGUCAUUCGUGGAUAUUCGGUUCUUGCACUUGCUGCGUUAGAAUAGAAAUCGUUUAACGUUGCGCGAAUUAUCUUGCGGGAGUGGAAGAGCGGAGCCGAUGCAGAAGAAACACUUGCGAAACGUUACGUAAAUGCCGGUUUUCCAUUGAUAUUCAAUCAACUGGAGUACAAGAUUCUAUAGAAGAAUAGCGAGAUGGAUCUGGACGUAAUAAGGGAUAAGUACAUGUCGUAUCUGUGGGCGAUUCAAAAGGUGCCGGGUGACACCGCGAGCGAGAAGAUGAAAUGGAUCGGAAAAACAGCCGACUGUUCGUUCGAGUGUCCUGAACUGAUUAAACAUCCCUCAUUACAAUCUUUAAUGAAAGUGGAGAUUGCGGUGCGACAGAAGCAAGUCAACGAACUGACGACCGCCCUGAAGUCCGAGGAUGCGAUGGUGGUAAAUCGUGCCCUUAAGGCUAAGUGGUACUUUAAUAAUAGUUGUGUAGAUAUACCCGCCGAGUACUUGAGCAAAAACCUCUUCCCUCACCUUUCCGUUAACACGAGGGCACGUGUCGUGAAAAAACUCGCGGAUUGUAUAACCGAUCCACUUGAAGCGGAGAUAAUGUUGGACGAGUUGCUGAACGAUUACUGUAUUUAUAACGUAUGUCCAUUAAUCGCGGUUUGCGAGGAAGACUUCACGUUGAACAUAAUAGAAGAAUGGAAGCUCGCGCUGCCGGUUAAUACUGCUAAAAAGAUCUUCCGCAAAAAUCCGGACCUUUUGAUACAUUACUUCAAAUUAUUGAAACCCGCGACAUUGGAGGAGCGCUCUCCCUUCCCGGUCAAUAUGAUGCAAUACAGAUCUUUCCUGCCGAAAUUGGUGAAAACCCGAGUGCACGAUUUCGCAGAACUGGUCGAAAUGUACGAAACUUUUCCGCUGCCAAUUAGUUUGAGCAAUACGUGCGCCGAGAUAUUCUUGAAAAAAGGAUUGCAAUACUUGCUUAAAAAGCCGCAUUUAUACAUCAAUAUUUUACCCCUCAAAAAAAUUAACGUAGACAUAUUAGAAAGUAUAUUUAUAGAUCUGCUACCCGAGAAAAUUUCCGACUGCGACAUGAACAAGGUCAUACAGUAUUUAAAGUACUAUCCGGAAAGUAAAAAAUACGAAUUGCUCCAUAAGUCGUACCUGAAGAAAUAUAACUUCAAAUUGCUCAAUUACACUAAAAAUAUAAACGCUGCGUUGUUACAAAUAUUACCUGAAAAAGAGCGGAUCAAGCAAGCUAGAAUUAAGAUCGAGAGUGAAGCCAAAUCAAUGAAUCAUAGCAAUGCAAUGAAUUGUGAAAAUACUUGGAUCUGUUAUUUAUCCAUAGACGAAGCGAUACCGGCUCUUCGGAAAAAAAUAAAUACAGAAAAUUCAUCUCAUAAACGAGUCAAUAUCAUUCGCGAAAUGAUUUACGCUUGCAAGAUCAACGAGAAGCGCAAGGAUAACGAUGAGUCGACCAACAAAAAGGAUGCAGCAGUCAACGAGAAGGAUGCAGCAGCCGAAGAGAAGGAUGCGUUAGCCGAUACCUUGAAAUAUUUCUUAGAUAGACAUAGAAACGAAGAAAUUAUGGUUUACGAAGGAACAAUGCGACAGCUAUUGAACUCUUACGAUGUGCCUCAUUUAAGCAAGGAACGCCACAAAGUCUUGUUCGACAUCAUAAAAUUGUUUUACGUAAAAUUCGAACAUGUAACGGAGAAUAUAACCCAGGCUGUGAUACAUUUCAGACUUAUUAAUAAUAUGCCAAUCGACGAUCUGAUUUCCAUGUUGAUAAAAACAGCCGAGAAUGACCACUACGUAAACUUCAAUCUACUCAUAAAAUAUCCGCAGUACGAGAGGAAAUGUCUCGACAGUUUCGCGAAACAUUUUGAAGAAAAAUAUUUCGAUCUCUUGGAAAAACAAAACAAAGAAAAUGAGCUCAAGACACUCAUAUUGUACAAUUUUGUCGAUUCGAUGUACAAUUUCAACGACAGAUGCGAUAGAAAGCGUACGAAGAUAGAACGCCUAUCGAUUAAAGACUAUCCUCGUCUACUGAGUAUUAUACGCGGACUAAUUAGCCAAACAACGUCUGUUGAACAGGGUGGUUGUCCAUUCACCCGAAGAAAGUGCCAAUUAAACCAAGUAAACGUAAAGAACCUAUUGAAGAUAAAAGAACCGCAAUUGGAGAUAGAAUCGGACUCCGAAUCCUCGAAGAUCGCGGACGUGUCGACCGUCACGGCGCUCGCUCUAUUAAAACGAAACCCUCAAGAAAUCCUGGACAAUUGGGAAGCUUAUUUAACGCAAUGCAAGUCGAAUUACAGGAACAAAAUUACGCAACGUUUUGUCAGAGCUACGCGCUGGUACAAGGACAUACCCAUCAAAUUCGCCGAGCGUUGCAUGGAAGAAUUGAAAGAGAAGUGUAAGGACACUAAGAAAAAUAUACUCCCCACCCUGACUAUUCUGGCGUUGCUAUUUUACGGGAACACGCUGACGAAAAUGCUGAUGCCCCUGAUACCUAAGGAAUCGAAGGUCGACGCCAACCAUCCGGAAGUCAAUGAAAAUUACAGGCUCGCGUGUCACAUACCGAAGUUGAUGAUACUUUCCAAUCCGCCGGUAUCCACCGAACUCAUCUGCAACAUGUGCGAAGGAGAUUACCUGUCGGUAACACUGGGCGCUCUGACGAAUGCGAGCAGGCGAUAUAAUUCUUCCAAAGCAGUAGCACUCGCCAACAAAUUGUCCACUAUGCGCGUAAGCGUGCAAAAGCACGGGAUCAGGCUAAUGUCUCAGGUAGUACCCGAGAAAUCUCUUAUAUCCUUUUUGAAAGAGAUGUGGACGAAUAAGACUAAUUGCUCGAUACGAGAAGUCGUAUUCGAAGAAAUCCAAAAGAUCAUGCAUCUAAUGCCAGUCAAGGAUAUUAAAAACCUAAACAAUAUGAUGAUGGACAAGAUACAGCUCAAAGAUAAGAAGCUGCUCUGGCUGCUCAAACUUCCCCUCCGUCUGCCUAAUUACUACAUCUUGGAUUACUACAACAAGCGGCUCCAGACAAUAGAGAGGCUUCAAGUAGAAGGACUGAACAUUGAGGAAGCGAAAGAGCAUGUAACCAUUUUGAUAAGGGAGAUGAGCAUGUCGUCCGUUUUCAAUUUUAUCAACGAAUGUUUAGUUGGACAAAUAAUAAAGAAAUAUUUGUUUGACGUCGAUGUUAAUUUAUCCAAGGCUACGAGAAACUUCUCCCUGUUGUACAUUUUCUCGGGGGAUAGCCGUAAUAAUAUUAAAGAACGCUGCAAGGUACUCAUCGAAUCCAUCGAUCCCAUAAUGAAGACACAAUGGAACAAGACUGAUUCUGAGUACCCCUAUUUCUUUCCGCACAACAACGCCGUGCAUCUACUUAUCGAAGAUUUCGUCGUCAAGUACGUCACCGAGUUUUACUUUGCCACUGCAUCUACCGAUAUGCAAUUACUCGACAUUAUGCUGGAGUUAUUUUCAACCAUCUUGGACCCUACGCAAGCCCCGACGCCUUAUUUGAUGUUGAUUUAUGCGAAAAAACUACAAGAAGGCAGGGCAACCAAUCAACCUUUCGCCUGCAUGAUCAAUCAAUAUAUGCCGGAAUUAAUCAAGAUUUUCUCAUCUUCGUUGGUGCAAUUCAUGGGCAAUAGUCUCAAUCGUUUUCUGGAUCUCACAUUUAAAAAUAAAGAAGAAAUGGAAGAAUCGAAAUUUGAUAUCAUAGAAUAUCUUAUUAUAAGUGACAACAGAGAUUCCUGGCUUAUGGCAGUGACAUUGUUUGUCGUGAUGGCAUUACCCAACAGUCUGGAGAAUCGAGAGAAAAGAUUCAUCGAGCUUAUCAAAAUGUUUCGGGAAAGAAAAGACCCUGCUGUUUCAAGUAUUUUACACAACUAUCUAAAUUGCCUUAGUAUCAAUUGUUCCCUUAAUAAGUGUUCUGAGCUGAUAACAACUUCUUCAAAUUAUGAAGCUUCGAGCUUAUCCAGUUUCGAUAACUAAUAGUUAUUUCAAGCCUUUUCCACAAUCUGCAUAUUACGGAUAGUAUCAUGUUCGAUUAAAUCGAUCGUACGAAUGGAAUGUGCGCGCGAUAUAAUUGAUAAUUUUAUUGAAAACAUUAAUACAUUUUUAUACUUUUUAAAUUAAUUGUGCAUAGAUUUCGUUACAAUAAACGCACAAAUAAUUGCUAAAUAAAUAAUUUUCUU